UUGUCAAUAUUACUGACUGUAUAGAAGAUAAGAGUGGUAAUCCAGUAUGCAGCACUUCAAAAAGCCCACUUGGAACUGGUGAAUGAUUUGCUGUACACAGAAAGCCGUAUGUGAAGCACUGGUCCCAAUUCGCUCCCUUCCCCUUCUUGUAGCCCUUUAAUGUUGGCAGAUCUCUAAGGUGGAAGCAAUAUAAUGGAAGCUUCAGCUUUUACACUGCUUAUACCUGAUUCCAGAUUCAGAUUCUUAUACCAGAUUCAGAUCUGCAAACACUAAAGGGUUAUGGCUGAGGGGAAAGGCUAGGGAGGGAACUGGGACCAGCUUUGUCAACGCCAUAUGUGAAAGGACCUGUAUUUUCCCAUACCACACAACUCCACCCAUCAUAGGGAGUAGGAUGAAGUUGCCCCUAGACGCUGACCGUGGGCCAGUUUUGCACUUCCCCCACUAUUGGUUGUGUAUAAAGGGGGGGCUGAUCCUAGAUCUGUACCUUGGGGAAACUUCACCCCGGAGCCCCACCUUUUUAGUGAAGCAGACGUAUGGGUUGUAGUUAAUAAUUUCUUGUCCCACAAGCCACGACACAUCCACACUGGCAGACAGUAACAACCUGCACCUCAUUGCUAUAAAUACGUAUCCUUUCAAGAGGACCAGCCAUGUUAUGUGGGGUAUCCUUAGUUGUGCUCCUGGCUCUAUUGGGUUUGGGGGGUCAGGGUUUGGCGGACCCCCAUCCGGACCUACCAGCAGACAAGAACUUGUUCUGGGGAGCGGACCAGUAUGACUUUGCUGUCGUGCUGCGUGCCUCCGGAUUGGAGUGCUUCUGGCACUUUGCACACCAAGGGGAGCGCUUCUACUUGACUUUCAUGGUCCAGUGGGUGACUGGUGUUGGCAACGACAGACACUUAUCCGUCACUGUCAACUCUCCUAAAGGCUUGCUGUUGUCCAAAAUUGACGAAGCUACGGGUCAAAUCAACUUUGUAGCCGAGGAGACCGGUUUCUAUCAAAUGUGCUUCAGCAACUUCCACAACCGAUUUGGCAGCAUGCAGAUCUUCCUCAACUUUGGGGUGUACUACGAUGGUUCUGAUGACCAACAGAAACAGAAGGAGGAGGAGAAGAAGAAAGUCCAAAAAGACCUGAACAACACUCUGUCCACCAUAGAGGAGACUUCCCAUCGCGUGGAGGGUUACGUCUUCCACAUGUUUCGACAUUACAACUUUGGCCGCAUGCGGAAAGGCGCCGACUACUACCUCCUCCUCUCCAACUCUAAAUACAUCACCUGGUGGUCUGCGGUCCAGAGUGUGGUCAUCGUCAUGGCGGGCUACCUGCAACUCUUCUUCCUCAAGAGGCUCUUCAACACCAAGCCCACUACAGAAGCACCAGAGAAAUCUCGCUGCUGAGUCCCUGGGUGCUUUUAUUAUUCA